AUGACUUAUUCACGGAACAGAGUUCGUCGUCUCACUUUUCCCGGUGGCCGCCUUAUUCAAACCUUGAAGAAGAUGAGUGUAAUGCUAUCACUUUCCCGGCGCCGGACGUCAUGUAAUCUGCUCAACUAUCCCCGAUUCCUCCGACGGUUUUCUGUUGAUGUUAACCUUUCGCCGGAAAACAAACCGGAGAGCCAGGAAUCGAUAGUUGCCCAGUUUCUGGAGAAUCUACGGAAGAUCCCGCAACAUGAUUGGGCGUCCAGCGAGUCGCUAGGUUCACUUAUGGUAUCUUCUUCUGUUUCUCCUCUAGCAUUCUCUCAAAUCACGCGGCGUCUGGGCUCCUACUCUCUGGCAGUCUCCUUCUUCGAGUACGUGGAUGCGAAGUCUCAGUCUCUGAAUCGCCGUGAAGAAUAUCUCUCCCUGGUGUUCCAGUCGCUAAUCGAAUUCGCCGGUAGUGAACCUGACUCAAGGGAUAAACUUUUCAAUCUCUACGAGAUUGCCAAGGAGAAGAACAUCCCGCUCACUCUCGUCGCCGCUAAGCUUCUCAUCAGAUGGUUUGGGCGUAUGGGGAUGGUGGAUCAGUCGGUUCUUGUAUACGAAAGCCUCGAUUCGAAUUCGAAAAACACGCAGGUUCGUAACGUUGUGAUCGACGUCUUGUUAAGAAAUCGACUUGUGGAUUAUGCCUUCAAGGUGCUCGACGAAAUGCUUCAGAAAGACUCUGUUUUUCCUCCUAACAGAAUCACUGCGGAUAUUGUCUUCCAUGAGGUUUGGAGUGGAAGGCGUCACAGUGAAGAUGAGAUUGCUUCGUUGGUUUUGAGAUUCAGCUCUCAUGGCGUCUCCCCAAACUCUGUUUGGUUGACUCGGUUUAUCACUAGUCUCUGCAGAAACUCUCGCACCAAUGUAGCUUGGGAGAUUCUGAGCGACCUGAUGAAGAACAGAGCACCACUUGAAGCUCCUCCUUUCAAUUCGCUUUUGACAUGUUUAGUAAGAAAGAUGGACACUCGUGGAAUGGAUGAUAUAGUUGAAAAGAUGGAUGAGAUGGGGAUUAAGCCUGAUGUAGUGACUUUAGGGAUUCGUAUCAAAAGUUUGUGCAAAUUAAAAAAGGUCGAUGAAGCUCUAAAGGUUUUUGGGCAACUGUGUGGGAAGAAAACUGAUGGUGGGAAUGUGAUUAAAGCUGAUUCGAUUCAUUACAACACACUCAUCGACGGGCUCUGCAAGGUUGGGAGGAUGAGAGAAGCAGAGGAUCUGUUGGUAAAGAAAGGAAGAGACUUUGGCACCAAAUACGAUCACUUACAACUGCUUGAUUGA